GAGGCUGAAGCUUUGUUUCUACAGGAUCACAAACAACAUUGACACAUUUGAACAACAGUGGGCUGUUGUUCCAGGUGGCUGGCAAUGAACUGCAUUUUGCACAGUUCCUACAUUCGUUUGCUGAUUGUAACUGUGUGUUUUACAGUUUUUACACAAACUGUAAAAGAAAAAGAAGACAAAAACCAAACAAGCAUUGAUUAGGCUCGUUGAGAUGCACUUUUUCAGGAUGCAUUCGUUAUUUAACAUACUCAAUUGAAGUCAUCAGUUAUUUUCAACUUCACUUUGUUAUGGAAACAGAAAAAUCUUCCAUUUUCAACAGAAGCUCGACCAUUUUGUGUGUUGAGUCCCGUAUGUCUGACCCACUGACACAUUUCUGUGUUGCAGACCAGGUGACGUCACCGGGGCGGAGCCACAGAGGCUAGAAAACAGCAGCUGCCUCCAAUCCUGGCUGAAUUUUUGUUUUUUUUCGCUUUCUGUCUUGUUUUGCGCUUAUUUUUUGCCAACGCGAUAACUAACCUUAAGCUUUGGCAUAAGUUGUUCGGAUUUUUAUUUGUCCGUUUUAAAAUAAUGCGGCUGCUUUGCGUAUUUCCACCGCAAAACAGCUUUUUGUCCCGCGCUCGUUCCCUCCAGCAGUAUCCUGGUGCUUGCUUGUUGUUUACAACGAAAAUGGACUGGAUUUAGGAGGAGAGGACAGAAAGGAAGAACCGUAUAAAUGCACCUGCAGUCUAAGACAUACUGUGCUUUACAUAUCGAAGAGGUGUGUGUGCCCUUGGAGCAGCCUGGCCUGUGUUGUGACGGCCAUGAAGAACCCAGGAGCUGCCGAGAACCACCGCCUUGUCACCCUGCUCCAGGGUGCUCUGGUCCGAGAGGCCCGCCUCUGGAAAGUCCCAGUUUUCAAGAAUGGAUGCCUACAGGGGGCUGACAUCUCAUCGUCCCAGCACCAAGAAAUGAUCCUCUGGCUGGGAGAAAUGUGCAGACUGUUCCAGUUCUGUCCUGAGACUUUUGCAUUGGGAGUCUGUGUCCUCAACCGCCUGCUGUCCUCUGUUAAGGCCCAACCAAAAUACCUGAAAUGUAUUGCGUUCACCUCACUGAUCCUCGCAGCCAAAAUCAAUGAGGAAGACGAGGUGAUUGGUUCUGUUAAAGACCUGGUCGUUCAGAGCGGAUGCAACUUUUCAACAGCGGAGAUACUUCGCAUGGAGCGGAUCAUUCUAGACAAGCUGCACUGGGACUUGUACAUGGCAACACCAGUGGACUUCAUUCACAUAGUAAGUCUGACUGGAGCAGACAGGCGGGGCAAACAGAAAAGCUGAUGUUUCCUGCCUUGUUUAACCGGACCUGAAGUAACAGACCAUCUGAGAGGAAGGUGGUUCUGUGAGUUCAAGUCCUGGAGCCGUACAGAAGCACACAACAAACCAUCAUGCUUGCAUAAACAUGGUAUUAACACACACACUCACACAAACUUUUACCCCUUGCCCUCCUUACCAGCCCGUUCUUAAACAAUUGGUCCUUGUAGAGAUUGUGCAUAUAAUUAAUUUUUACUUUGUGCGCUUAACAAUUACCUGUGUGUUAGCCAUCUUGGAUUAUACAUAAUUCUGCCAACACAAUCAAAUGAAACAAACUAGACAUUUUAAUGGCAAUUGGUGGCAGCUUAACUGCAGUGACAAGGAUCCAGUGGAAUAUUUCUGAUCUAAUCAUGAGCCAGAGCUCCUGAAGGAUGGCAAAUUGACUGGAAAAAAAACCUUCAACAAUCCACAACUUUGCCUAAUAACCCUGCUUAUCACGAUGGGUGAUCAAUAAUUUGCCAACAGUUCAGUUCAGUCCUAACUGAACACACGAUGGGGGGGAAACACUAGUUAAAUGUGAAUGGAGUUGAUAUGAGAGUCCUCACUACAAUGGCUGUUCUGCACACCAGGCCAAGGCACUUCAGAUUAAUUCAAACCUGCAGCCUCAUAAUGGAGACUUGAACCCUGCUGCCACCAGAGGUGUGUGUGUGAACAGAAAAAUCAGCUACAACAUCAUACUUUAGAACCUUUCACAAAACUAACAAUUGGGUGUCAUGUUUUACGUUGUUGUUUUCCCCCCCAUGAGCAUGCUGAUGUCAGUGUAACACAGUCAUUUAUGGCACAACACUGUUACAACAUAGUUUUGUAAACAGGACUUUAAACCUCACAGAUCAUUGCCUAACGUGGACAGAAGCCACAGACUGAACCACUGACACAUUCACAGCCCUUUGUGCAACAGGGCUGGACUGGUAAAGAUCUCAGUGAGAAUGGAGUGACUUCAUGUUGAAAUGGCCAACACACAGUAGCACUGGGCACAAUAGUCUGCAUAUAAAACAUAAACCUGUUCAGUGCAAUCAUAACUUUUUUUUUUUUUACAUGUGCAAAGCAAAACAUUGACUUGUGAUGUUUUGGAACAUGACUUGUCCAGUGACUCGUCAGCUCCCUGCUUUGGUUCAGGCUGAAAAACCCUCGGGAUGAUGUUCACUUUCACGAGUCAUUUAUCAUUGCAAUUUAAUUGUAAACAACAUUAAGUGUUUGAAGUGUUAAUGGCAAAUUUAAACCAGGCAGCAUGAAGUGGGACAACUUAGCUAUUUCUUUUUUUUACCAUAAAAUUAUUAUAUCUAUCUGCAAAAAAAGUGAAGUUGGGUUUCCUUAAAGCCACAAACCAUAACCUGUUCUCCAAAAGUGUUCUGGCACAUUUGCAAAAGAACUGAGUGGAUUCAGGUGUGUGUGAACGUUACUGUGUGUUCUCCCGACACUUAACAACCAGUCAUACAAAAUUCAAGACUUACAGUGACGUGACAUAUUAAUAGUGUAUAAUAAAAUAAAGACAUCUUUUUAUAUUCAAAUAAAUAUUUAACUAUACUGUUUAUAUAUCUACUUAAUUGCA